UCCCAUGCAAAACAUGCGACGAAGAGAGAGACCACAGGAGAUGUCAACAAAAACUCUCCUGCAAGUGCUGCUGUCAACCUGAAGAAUAACGAGCUGAAUUGUACCACUGACUACCAAUAUCGCCCGAUUAUAGGUUCCUUUCAUGAGCAUUUAAUUAAAAUCUAACAAUGGCAGAAGGAAACACUCUUUCCGGUGUAAAUGUUGUGCUUGUUAUGGCCUACGGAAGCCUGGUGUUUGUUCUGCUGUUCAUCUUUGUGAAAAGGCAGAUUAUGCGCUUCGCUAUGAAGUCUCGCAGAGGACCGCACGUCCCGUUGGGUCAUAACGCACCGAAGGACCUAAAAGAAGAGAUUGACUCCCGUUUGUCUAAAGUGAAUGACAUUCGCUAUGAGCCACAUCUGCUCUCUAAAGAUGACGAUCGACUGAAGCAUCAAGGCCAGAAUGGUUGUUAUAAUUAUCUCUUCAGAAUGCAAGCGUUAGAUGCCAUUAGAGACUCUGAUCUCCCAUUUCACGAGUUGUGUCGCAGUGCCAGUGCUCUGACUGGUCGCCGCUACAGGAAAUGGCUGCUGGACCUGCGAAACUCUCAUUCUCUGUUCAAGUCGAGUCACAGCACGCUCCUAGAUCGCUUAGUGGAGGGCUACGACAGCGCUCGUCACGGGACAGGGAUGUUUGGCGAGGCAGAGUUUGUGAAGUAUAAGGAAGAUCUGGCUGAACUGGCUGAUGUUGUCAAGACCCACUCCAGCAGCACCAGUCUAAACCAGCAGCACCAGUCAGCAGCUAAAGAUCUGACCAGCUCUCCCGGCCCCUCGUCUGCCUCAACCAUUCAGGUCACGUACCUGCCGUCAUCCGGACAGCGCAGCAAGAGGCCCAAACACUUCCUGGAGCUCAAAAACUUUAAAGACAACUAUAAUACUCUAGAGAGCACACUUUAGAGAAUGAAACCCUUUUGAGGAACUGUGUAAAUUUAACUCUGAAACUGUGAAACGGAAGUGUCGCUCACUGGAAAACCUACACUGGAAAAUCCUUCUUGUAGAAAAGACCACAGUGGGAGUUGCAGUAAAAUGGCCUCAAAUCACAUUGAGAAUGUGAGAAUGAUUUAAGAUAUAACAAAAUCUGUGGGAUAAAUGUCAUUGUGAAUGCUUUAAGAGCAAUCCAAGAAUGUUACGUUCCUAAUUUUAGUGUUGUCCUGCCAGAACUCUUACUAUUUUCUUAUGUUAAAAGUCAUAGUCACUGUUCACCAUUUUCUUUCUUUGUGAGAAUAGCCUUUAAAUAUGAAGAGCAUCAAUAUGAAGUCCCUUUA